ACUGAAUGCAGCAUCUAAUUAAUUACCUACUGUGUUGAAAGUCGCAAGCGCGACCCUGAGAAAGAAAGCCUGCGGCUGCACCUACCAGAUAUUUCUGUACCAGCAACUUUUAACAGAAUCAAAAGGUUUCGCGGAACAUCAGAUCUCUACUGCUCCAAUAUACCAUAUUACUGUGUCGCGACUCUUUCAUACAUUAAGGCCUCAAGACCACAAACCUUUGCAGCACUUCCACGUGCCCGGGGGCUUGUCAUUACCUGCAUAAGCUGUUCCUGCUACCGAAGACCGAUCGAGUGAGCGCAGUUCAGUCAAUUAAUCACGAACGCAAUGGGUAAGCGCAAGAGCUCCAGGAAGCCCCAGGGCCCCAAAAAGAAAGAUCCUCUUCCCGACUCGUUCCCCUGCCUGUUCUGCAACCACGAAGACGCCGUCAAGCCGAAGGUCGACAAGAAAUCCGGCGUUGGAACGCUGUCAUGCAAGGUCUGCGGCCAGUCAUUCCAGUGUAGUAUCAACUAUUUAUCGGCACCUGUUGAUGUCUACUCGGAAUGGGUCGAUGCUGCCGAUCAUGUAUCGAACCAGCAGAAGGAAGCGUCUGCAAGCGGAUACGGUCGCAGCACGGGAACACGACGAGUCGGACGGACAGUAGAGGAACAGGACGAGGAUGGAAUCGUGGGCGACGACGACGAGUUUUAACCAUGCCAUGUUAUGCCACGCGAUACGUGGCUUUGCCGUUUUCUUUCUGGGUUUCUACUGAGCGAAAAGUGCCCAUUGUACAUAAGAGGGUUACGGACGGAGCUCUAGGCAGGCU